AUGGACUGGAAUAGGACGAUCAAGAAGCCCGAAAUCGAAGCCAAAACAAGGAGACACCACUACUUGCGCUCUUUAGCGACUCUUGGGCAGCCAGCAAUGUCUACUUCAAUGCCGUCCGUUGCCACAUGGCCGAUUCCGGGCUGUUGCUGGGACAAAGAAGGCAUUGUAUGUUGCCGCUGUGGCGGCGUGCGUUCGCUACUCCUCCUCCGCUUGGCCGAGGUAGGCCUCGCAGCCACUCCCAAAGCGAAAAAGCCAAAUGUGAUCGUCAUCCUGGCCGACGACCAGGACAUGCUCCUCGACUCCCUCUCCGUCCAGCCCAACGUCGUCAACCAGAUCGGCAAGCAGGGCGUCACCUACAACAAGCACUACUGCACCGUAGCAUGGUGUUGCCCAUCUCGUGUCAACUUCUUGACUGGCAGAGCGGCCCAUAACACUAACGUCACUACCCUCACUCCACCCUACGGCGGCUGGUCGAAGUUCAUGUCGGAGGGUCACAACGACAACUGGCUCCCUGUCUGGAUCAAUACUUCGGGCAUCAAGACUUUCUAUGCUGGGAAGCUGAUGAAUGGAUACAGCAACAAUAACUUCGAUAGGCCUGCUCAUCCGAAGGGAUGGCAUGAUAGUAGCUUUCUGAUUGAUCCUUGGACUUACAACUACUUCAACUCCCACUGGACGAACGGGUAUACCGACAAGGUCAAGGCGUACCCCGGCGUGCACACCACCCAUGUCAACGCAGAGAAGGCGCUCGGAUGGUUGGACAACCUAGGCAAAAACAAAGACCAAUUCUUCAUGAUGAUCGCCACAGUAGCACCGCACAUGGGCGUCGCAGCAGGCUCAGGAGCACCACCACCCCCAGCCAGCCAAAAGGGCAAAUUUCUCAACCAAGUCUCUCCCCGCCGCCCCAACUUCAACCCGGACACCCCCAGCGGCAACUCCUGGAUCCGCGGCCUGCCCAAACUCAGCAAAGCCGACGUCAAAUCCGGCGACGAAGUCCACGUCGGCCGCCUCCAGAACCUCGCGGGCAUCGACGAAGUCGUCGGCGACAUCAUCGACAAGCUGAAGAAAUACGACAUUUUCGACAAUACCUACAUCAUCUACACCUCCGACAACGGCUUCCACAUCGGCAACCACCGGCUCAAACCCGGCAAACGCUGCCCUUACGAAGAAGACAUCAACGUGCCCCUCCUCAUCCGCGGUCCUAACGUCGCCAAAGGCGUCGUCUCCACCGUCGCGAACCACCACACAGAUAUGGCCCCCACGAUCUUGGAAAUGCUCGGCGUCCCGCUGCGUCCGGACUUCGACGGCGGUCCCAUCGCCUACACAGCGAAUGACUUCAAGAGCCAGCGGAAAAACGAGCACGUGCAGGUUGAGUUCUGGGACGGCGGGUUCGCGCCCAACGGGUAUAGAGGCGAGGAGAGCGGCCAACUGUAUUUCAACAACACGUACAAGGCGCUGCGGAUCUGGAACCCGGAUGAUAACUUCUCCGCGCUUUACAGCGUGUGGUGCGACAAUAGCAAGGAGUUCUACGAUAUGAGCUCCGACUACGCUCAGAUGCACAAUUUGCUCCUGCCCAAAGCCAUCGCUGGGGCGCCGAAGUAUUGGAAGCGACCUUUGCCACAGCUGGUCGCGAGACUGGAUACGUUGCUGUUGGUGUUGAAAGGGUGUAAGAAGGAGGCGUGCAGGAAGCCGUGGGAUCAGAUUUUUCCAAAGGAUACGGUGAAUAAUGUUGAGCAGGCGAUGGACGCGAAGUAUGAUGAUUUCUUCAGGAAGCAGCCGAAGGUGCAUUAUAAGAGUUGUAAGGGCGGAAAUGUGAUUAGUAAUGAAGGGCCGCAGAAGGCGAAUGUUUGGAAGGGGAAGUGA